AUGUGCAAAACAGAAAAAGAGACUCCUAUGUAUAGAACAGACUUGUGGACUCUGGGAGAAGGCGAGGGUGGGAUGUUUCAAGAGAACAGCAUUGAAACACGUAUAUUAUCUAGGGUGAAACAGUUCACCAGCCCAGGUUGGGUGCAUGAGACAAGUGCUCGGGCCUGGUGCACUGGGAAGACCCAGAGGGAUUGGGUGGAGAGGGAGGUGGGAGGGGGGACCGGGAUGGGGAAUACAUGUAAAAAAAAAAAAAAGAUACACUAUGGUUGUGAUAAAAAAAAAAUAAAUAAAUUAAAAAAAAAUAAAUAA